GCUGCUUCUGCCAGUGCUGUUUCCAGUAUUGCUGCUUUCCCUCGCGCUCGCCGUGGGCGACGACGACAACCGACGGCUCACCUCCCCUCCAACUCUCUUCCACGGCCCUGGUGAACCUCUCCCGACGACGCUAUCUAUGAGCAGUUACUCCAACCAGGGCCGUAUGCAGCAACUCGCUGGUAACUCUCCCUCAUCCGAAGAUCCCUCCGCCUUAGCCUACAUGGCUUCGGAUUUUCCUCCUCCCCAGCCGCGCGAGCAGUCGCCCGCGUCUUCUCCUCGGAAUGGUGCCUUCCUUACCUCUCCUACUGGCAGUUCUCAGCCCCCAGAGCGAGCCAGAAUGCCUCACCGAGCCUCGACAGUCAGUACCCCUUACCACUCCGAUCAACAGAGAAAGUCUAGCCGCGAUGACUACCCUCACGCCCGGAGCGAGGAUUUGAAUCACUCAAGCUCGAGCUCUCGGACCCUCGUCGCCGAUCCCACCUCAUCCGAUGCAUACUCGGGCCGCUCACAGGGCUACUUGACUGCCAGUCGACCGACCACUCCGGGAACGUCUAAUUCUCACCCUCAGUCGUCAUCCGAUCAUUCAGACAAUGGGAAGGGACGGCCGGCGAGUGUGCACUCCGAUUCCUCCUUGCACUCUUCGGGUUCUGCUGCUGUUGGUGGGGCGGGGACAUCGACUACACAUACAAGCACCAGCGCCGCAUCUACACCAUGUUCCGCCUGCGGGAAGGCCAUGCAGGGUGCAUUCGUGCGAGCCCUCGGUACUGUAUACCACCUAAAUUGCUUCAAAUGCAUGGACUGUGGCACAGUCGUCGCCUCCAAAUUCUUUCCAAUCGAUGGGCCAGACGGCAAGCAGCACCCACUAUGCGAGAGGGACUAUUUCCGGCGCCUCAGCCUGAUAUGUGCGAAGUGUGGCAUGGCUUUGCGGGGCAGUUACAUCACCGCCUGCAACAAAAAGUUCCAUGUCGAACAUUUCACAUGCUCAGUCUGCCCAACAUUGUUUGGUCCUCAGGACUCGUAUUACGAGCACGAAGGGGACGUCUACUGCCACUACCACUAUUCUACUCGGUUCGCCACGAAGUGUGCGGGUUGCAACAGCGCCAUCCUCAAACAGUUCGUCGAGAUCAAUCGCAACAUGCGGGAUGAGUGUUGGCAUCCCGAAUGCUACAUGAUCAACAAGUUCUGGAAUGUCAAGGUUGUCGCACGUCGACCUGCAUUGCCGCCUAGCGGGGAAGAUGGUUCGUUGAAUCCCGAGGAGCCUCCAUGGGUGGAGGAGGAGCGGAGGGAAACAGCGGUGUCUCUGAAGGAUAAACAACUCCGGAUGGAACAGCAAGUGUACCGGAUUUGGACUAUUCUUUCCGCGUUUGAGGAGUCGAGCGCGGCGUGCAUUUCGGAUAUGUUGCGUCAGGUCAGCAAUGGCCAGUAUCUCGAAGCGAUCCGGAUGGCGGAGAAGUUCAUUCUCCAUGUGGAGGUACUCUUUGCCUCUAUCGACGACCUGGAGUGGCAUUUCGCGCGGCUAAAACAGAAGGGUAUGUCCCACGUACGCGAGGCUCGUAUGCUGUGUCGGAAGACCGUCGAUCUGUUCACCCUGCUAUCACACACCCAAGAAACUGGAGCGCGCCGCAUGGGCAUGACGCAAGAGCUUCUUGCACUUGUGACUGGACUGGCGCACUACCUCAAGAUACUAAUUCGCAUCGCUCUCACGGGCGCUCUGAAGCUGGAGCGGGAGCAGCACGUUCAGGAGGCCCUCACCUCUUUCCUCGACAAAUUGCAUAUGCUGGCGGUACAGGGCGGGAGCCCGAGCGCGAAGCGGAUAAUGAAGCGGGCAAACGGUGAACUCAUGAUGCCAGCGGAGGGCGACGGGAACUACGGCACGCAAGGCGUCACGUUCGGUUUCAGGAGCUUGGCUCCCGAGAAUGCUGGUGAAUCGCCGUUCGCAAGCGGGCCUCGGGAUCCUGGCCUGGCGAAGAUCAACGUCGUUAACCCGCCGUCCGAUCUGUGCGUGAAGUGCAAUCAGACGGUCGAGGAAGAUUGCGUACGGCUAGGUACUUACCAGAGGUGGCAUUCACAUUGCGUACAAUGUGCCACUUGCGGGAAGGUUGCCGCCGUGCCUGCAGCGAAAGAGCCUGCCUUACCGAAGUCCCAGGAUGACAAGGAGAAGGACAAGGAGACUCCAAAGUUGUCAACAGCCCGGCGACCGCCCGCCAACGUCGGUCUCUUCGUCUAUGAAGUCGACUCCGUCAAGGAGACGAGCUCCUUCGGGGUUGUGCCCACCGUCAUUUUUUGUACAGAGCAUGGUCAUAACGGUUGUCGAAGUGGGUUCCAAGCCGUCUCGAGACUGGAGCAAUAUGCGUUCUUGCUCAAUGUUGCCCUUCGCCGACUGUAUGUGCUGCUCAAGAAACGCGGCGUGGUUCAGCUUGCUCCGGCCCCGAGCCAGAUAACCAACCAUAGAGAAGACGAUCCCUACCGUGAUGCGAGCGAGAUCAACAUGCUCAAGUCCGUGCACUUGGAUCGGAAGCUAUCUGCUACUGCUCGCGUGCCCAGGCGAUCGACAGUGGUCGAGAGUCCGACGGGCAAGGUCGCGCAAUCUGCGGAUGCCACAGGCACCCAGCGACCCUACGAGCUUGUUCCGUCGAAUUCAUUCCGCGCAACACCGCAUGGCGUCACUCCUUCACCAUCCAGACCGCAGCAGCAGCAACGGUCACCUCAGCAAUCCGCGCAAGCAGAAUCAACGACACGAACACCACCUGGCACCAUCGACACCAGCCCACAGGGGCAGGUCAUCAGACCACCAUUUGCGCGCAACAAUACGGGCGUCAUGAUCGUCGACGAUUCUGCGCCGACGUCGCCGACCGGGGGUGUCGACGAUCCUGUCGGUGGCAUCGAAGACGGUAUCACACUUGCCGACAUUCCGCAGAUCGUGGAAGCUGCACAGGCGCGAGAGCAACGCCGUUCGCUCCCUCGUCAAAGCUCUAUCCCGUUCAUUGCGGAGCUCAAUACGCUUGAGCUUGCCGUGGUCAAGCACUGUGCAGUACUGGCGCUACAACGAUCACCGCUGCGAGACCAGUUUGACUUAGACGAAAUACUCGAGUUGGUCGAGAUGAAGAAGAGCUCAUUCUGGAAUCGGUUGUUCAAACCCGGCAAUGACAAAAAGAACGUCAAGAAGAAAGGCGUCUUCGGCGUGCCACUGGAACUUCUCGUCGAGAGGGAGGGCGCCGAGUCGCUCCUCGGAGCAUCGCGCACCGCAGUCAAGAUACCUAGCUUCGUCGACGAUGUCAUCUCAGCCAUGCGGCAAAUGGACAUGUCUGUUGAGGGCAUCUUCCGCCGUAAUGGGAACAUCCGGCGUCUCAAUCAGGUGAUCGAGGCCAUCGACCGAGACCCUUCGUCCGUGGACUUCACACAGGAUAAUCCAGUACAACUGGCUGCCUUGCUGAAGAAGUUCUUCCGUGAAUUGCCAGACCCAUUGAUGACCUUCAAGCUGCACAAGUUGUUCAUUGCAACACAGUCUCUGCCCAACGAACAAGAGCGGAAUCGGAUGUUGCAUAUGAUCUCACUCAUCCUGCCCAAGCCUCACAGAGACACCAUGGAAGUCUUGUUCGUGUUCUUGAAGUGGGUUGCGUCCUUCGCUCAUCUGGACACGGAGACGGGAAGCAAGAUGGAUAUGCCGAACCUGGCGACUGUCAUUUGUCCUAGCAUCUUGUACUCUCGGCAUAAGGACGCGAUGCGAGACGAGAGCUUCGGAGCCAUCCGGGUUGUCACCACCCUCCUAGAGAAUCAGGAUGAAUUCUAUAGCGUACCGCAAGAAUUCCUGUCGAUUCUGCAAGAUCAGGAGUACUUCGCCAACAGUCUGGAUCUGCCCAGCAAAGAGUUCCUCAAGAAGUGUGAUACCUACAUGCGCCUCAAGGCUAGCGGUCGGACACCGCUCCUGACAUCACCGGUAACGGGAUCGGCACCUUACAACCCGGGCACGCCGCGACCUGAAGACAUGCGUUCAAUGCCACCAAGAGCGCAAACGAACCCUCAGUUCCAGGACCGGCCGCCGAUGGUCAGUUCGCCUUCAGAAAACCCAAUACGCAACGGCCAAUCCCAGCUGCGACAACCGCCGUCUGCUCCGACAAUGCCGCACUCACCGUUCUCAUAUCCAUUGCCCUCGGGUGCACCGCCCCCGUCGGCAUCGCAGACUAUGCCGCCCAUCCACGCACCACAACCUCGACAGGCCCAGCCCAACGACGAGGACUGGUCGCCGCCGGAGCGGCAGCCAUUUACUGGGCAACCGCCCAGUCGGCCCGCGUCCAUGUCGAAUUCAUACGUGCCCCCGCGGAGCAGCGGCGAAGGAGCACAUCCCUUUAUUCCUAACGGACACCCGCAGCCCGCAGUGCGGCAGCGAAUAUGACUAUUAUAUGGUUCUCGUGGUUGGUAUAUAUCAUGUGGCAUCGCUUUUAUCCUGUUGCAUUUUUCACCUUCACGUAUCUGUACUUCACCAUACUUCAUCCGCUAAGUCUAUUACACGGACCAACCAUUAUACCCUCGAGCCGGCCGCUAGGGCAAUGGAUAUCAGCUGCAUGACACUCUUUUCCCUCCAGGUGCUAAUGCUUUGAUCAAGUCAAUG